GCGAAUCGGCGGCGGGUCCGGCAGCCGAAUGCAGCCCCGCAGCGAGCGCCCGGCCGGCAGGACGCAGAGCCCGGAGCACGGCAGCCCGGGGCCUGGGCCCGAGGCGCCGCCGCCGCCACCGCCGCAGCCGCCGGCACCCGAGGCAGAGCGCACGCGGCCCCGGCAGGCUCGGCCCGCAGCCCCCAUGGAGGGAGCCGUGCAGCUGCUGAGCCGCGAGGGCCACAGCGUGUCCCACAAUUCCAAGCGGCACUACCACGAUGCCUUCGUGGCCAUGAGCCGCAUGCGCCAGCGCGGCCUCCUGUGCGACAUCGUCCUGCACGUGGCCGCCAAGGAGAUCCGUGCGCACAAAGUGGUGCUGGCCUCCUGCAGCCCGUACUUCCACGCCAUGUUCACAAAUGAGAUGAGCGAGAGCCGCCAGACCCACGUGACGCUGCACGACAUCGAUCCUCAGGCAUUGGACCAGCUGGUGCAGUUUGCGUACACGGCUGAGAUCGUGGUGGGCGAGGGCAACGUGCAGACUCUGCUCCCAGCCGCCAGUCUCCUGCAGCUGAAUGGCGUCCGAGACGCCUGCUGCAAGUUCCUACUGAGUCAGCUCGACCCCUCCAACUGCCUGGGCAUCCGGGGCUUUGCCGAUGCGCACUCCUGCAGCGACCUGCUCAAGGCCGCCCACAGGUACGUGCUGCAGCACUUCGUGGACGUGGCCAAGACCGAGGAGUUUAUGCUGCUGCCCCUGAAACAGGCAUCCUCAGGGCUCCCUGGGCCCACAGGACCCUCCCCAGAUCUCAGGUCUGAGGACCCCCACCCCCAGGUGCUGGAACUGGUCUCUAGCGACAGCCUGAACGUGCCUUCCGAGGAGGAGGUCUACCGAGCCGUCCUGAGCUGGGUGAAACAUGACGUGGACGCCCGCAGGCAGCAUGUCCCACGGGUGAGGCGCGGCCCCGGGGGCUCCCACAGCAUCCAGGAGGGCGUGCAGGUGGCUGAGGGCCUGGUGCACCCUGACCUUGCCCGAGUUCAGGGAGUCCGUGGGGGUGAUGCCCCCACCUGUCUGAAGAAGAAUCCGUCACACAGGUGGUACGGGCAUCUGGGGGGUUAUCUCAGCCCUGAUGCCCAGCGUGCCCGAGGGUCCCGCCUGACCUUGGCGUUCCCUGCACCCCAGCUCAUGAAGUGUGUGCGGCUGCCCCUGCUGAGCCGCGACUUCCUGCUGGGCCACGUGGAUGCCGAGAGCCUGGUGAGGCACCACCCUGACUGCAAGGACCUCCUCAUCGAGGCUCUGAAGUUCCACCUGCUGCCCGAGCAGAGGGGCGUCCUAGGCACCAGUCGCACGCGUCCCCGGCGCUGCGAGGGGGCCGGGCCUGUGCUUUUUGCUGUGGGCGGCGGGAGCCUGUUUGCCAUCCACGGAGACUGUGAGGCCUACGACACACGCACCGACCGCUGGCACGUGGUGGCCUCCAUGUCCACGCGCCGGGCCCGGGUGGGAGUGGCUGCGGUGGGGAACCGGCUGUAUGCUGUGGGCGGCUAUGACGGGACCUCAGACCUGGCUACGGUGGAGUCCUACGACCCCGUGACUAACACGUGGCAGCCGGAGGUGUCCAUGGGCACAAGGCGAAGCUGCCUGGGUGUGGCCGCCUUGCACGGACUCCUGUACUCGGCCGGCGGCUAUGACGGGGCCUCCUGCCUGAACAGUGCCGAACGCUACGACCCCCUGACCGGAACGUGGACGUCCGUCGCUGCCAUGAGCACCCGGAGGCGCUAUGUGCGAGUGGCCACGCUUGAUGGGAACCUGUAUGCCGUGGGCGGCUACGACAGCUCCUCACACCUGGCCACUGUGGAGAAGUAUGAGCCCCAGGUGAACGUGUGGUCACCCGUGGCGUCCAUGCUGAGCCGGCGCAGCUCAGCGGGUGUGGCCGUGCUGGAGGGUGCCCUGUACGUGGCAGGGGGCAACGAUGGCACCAGCUGCCUCAACUCGGUAGAGAGAUACAGUCCAAAGGCUGGAGCCUGGGAGAGCGUGGCGCCAAUGAAUAUCCGCAGGAGCACGCAUGACCUGGUGGCCAUGGAUGGCUGGCUGUAUGCCGUGGGGGGUAACGACGGUAGCUCCAGCCUCAACUCCAUCGAGAAGUACAACCCGAGGACCAACAAGUGGGUGGCCGCAUCCUGCAUGUUCACACGGCGCAGCAGUGUGGGCGUGGCGGUGCUGGAGCUGCUCAACUUCCCGCCGCCAUCGUCGCCCACGCUGUCUGUGUCCUCCACCAGCCUCUGACCCACCCACCACCAGAGGCCUGCAGCCUCCCACAUGCCUUAAGGGGGCCGUGGCCCCCACCAGGGACGUCCUGCGCCAUCCGUUCACGUCUCUGUGUCCAUUCCUUUAUGUCUGUAGUUGUUUAUUUAGUUAUUUAUCUUAUUUAUUCAGGGGUGAGCAGUGCUGUGGCCGCCCGUUUAUACCAUUAGCGUCUGGCCCUCCUGCGUGUCCUGCCCUCCACUGCCUGCAUGGGGGGCAGCGGGGAGUGAGGGGGCAGCGGGGAGUGACCAGGUGGGGGCCUCGCCACCCCAGGGCCAUUGCCUGCUCGGACCCUGCAGGCUGCGGAGCAAGAGGCCCUGGGUCUCUCCAAGCAGCUGCAGACCCCAGCUCGAAUUUUGCACACGGCCCUCGCACACGGCGAGGUCCCAGGAAGGGUGGGGAGCAAGUGUCCUUCCUGUCGUCGUCUGCCGUGUGCCAUCUUUCCUGGAUCUUGUAGUGGGUGCACAGGUGUGCACUCGGACCCCACACAGCAAUACGAGCCCAACUUGAACAAUAAACACAUUUCUGGGGCUCCUCAGGCUGAGCA